GAGCGCGGCCGCUGUCUGGAAGGCUGUCAUCGAGGGGACUGCGCACGCCGGGCAGGUCCGUGUCACCACCUCGGAGACCUACCGUGCCCUUGCCGCGGAGGCCGCCCGGACCGCCCGUCUCUCCAAGGAGCGGAUGCUCAAGAAGGUACCAGAGCAAGGAUCCCCGCUCUCCCUGUCCCCACAGUUCUCGGCACGGCUGGCUGAGCACUCGAGGCAGCUCGCGGGGGUGCAGAAUGAGUACAGCUUCGCUCUGGUGUCUGCCACCGCCCACCUGGAGCAGUGCCGGGAGGGUUUCCCACCUGCUCUCCCCCAGGCAAUGGAUGGUGACCUCUACGACCGGCUGCGGGAGCACUUGUCAGAAGCCACCAAGACGCGGGUGGAAACCACCCAGCGUGACGAUGUCCCCCUGCCCCAGGUCAGCCGGGUGAAGGCAGAGGCACGGCUGGCACUGCUGCGGGCAGCGGGGCUGGACGUGGACACUUGGCUGUCAGGGGCCAUGGUGGGGACGAGCGAGGAGUCGCCCACAGAGCUGGAUCCGGCUGAGUUUGACGACUACGAGGACAGUGAUGAGCUGGAUGAGGACAACGAGCCCAGCCCUGCUGCCCGCACCUACCCCUACACCUGCCGGGUGAUCUUCGGGUACCAGNNNUGCCAGGCGGAUGAGCUGUCCAUCACUCAGGGUGAAGAGCUGGAGGUCAUCGAGGACGGUGAUGCAGAGGAGUGGGUGAAGGCUCGGAACAAGGCAGGCCAGGUCGGCUACGUUCCCGAAAAGUACCUGCUGUCCCUGGGCGGUGAGCCAGGGGCCGGAGCUGGCCCCCCGGGACCCUCUGCCCUGCACCGCCAGCUCUCCAGCAUCAUGGCUGCGGAGCUGGUGCUGGAGCCCGGAGCCUGGCUGGUGCGAGCCCUGUACGACUAUGAGGGGCAGAGCCCUGAGGAGCUGAGCUUCCCUGAGGGGGCCAUUAUCCGGGUGCUGCCCC